UGUGGAGCUGACGCGCACAGGCCGAACUCAAGGCUCUGGAGAACGCCACCACCGAUUCAGACAAGAUACUUUCGCAGAAGCUCGCAUUCUCCCGCGAACUUUCAUCUUUACGCCCUGAAGUCGAACACCUACGCGCACAGGUCGAAUCGAAUCAGGGACUACUGGCCGAGAAAUUAUUGUUACAGCGCCAGAUGUCGACACUACAAGUCGAACUCGAAAACGAGAAGCGAACAGCCGCCCGUGCCACGGCGAAGCAGGGAAGGAAGAUGGAGCAGGAUGACGAACUUCGCGCUGAGCUGGAGGAAGUGCGCAAAGAGCUUGCAAAGGAGAAGAAGGAUCGCCUGAAGACUGAAUCAUCGCUCUCAAAAGCUGAACAGGCGAUGGAGAAGGUGCAAGCCGACCUGGAAUCUCAACAGCAAGUAACGGAACAACUGCAAGCCAAGAUGGAAAAGCUCUCUAAAAGAGAAGGCGGCAAGGCAAGCAAGCGGGACGAGGCCCAUGAGGCUGAACUCGAGGAACUGCGACAAGAGCUGGAACAAGAAAAGAUCGCACGACAGAAAGCAGAGAAGGCUGGCAAGAAGACCAACGACCACAAUGCGGAAAUCGAACAGCUUCGACAGGAGCUCGAGGAAGAGAGGCGCGAGCGUCAGAAGGCGGAGAAGACAUUCAAGAAGAGCACUCAGCCGGACGAUACUCAGGCUGAUCAGUUCAGGAAGGAACUGGAAGAGGAGAAGCGCGAACGCAAGAAGCAGGAGAAGGAAUAUACCAAAACGUUGGCUGAACUGCAGGGCCGCAACACUAUCCUCGACGACAAGUUGAGCGCAUUCCGGGAGAAACUGCGUUCGACAAAGGAGAAGCUCAAGGAGAAAGAAGCUCAGCUUGAGAAAACGGACAGGGCGCAAACUGCACCACCCGUCAAAGCCACAGCAGGCGGAAGCAUGAAGCCUCCGAAGAACCCUCGCAAACGAGUGGCUGCUACUGCCGAACCGGAGACGUACCUAGGAACUCCUGGAGAAAGCUUUGCGGCGAAGAAAAUGAAACGCGCGACCUCCGUGUCUGCCGUCGGAGACACAUCUACCUUUUCGUUGACGCCCUUCCUGAACCGCACUGCCAACGCAGCACCUGCGAGUCCUAUCGUUGAAGAAGAGGAGGAGGACCAAGACGUGUCGAUUCAACCCGCACCGACUCCCACCGCACCACCCAAGAAAGUCCUUACGAAGACUAUCCAGCCUAAAGUGAAAGCACUUGCGCCAUCAUCCUCGGACAAAGCCAACGCGAAGCCGCGCAAGAAGGCAGCCGCGCCAUCCCUCGACAUCGUCGCUGAAGAAGCAUCUGAGACCUCCCACCCCGAUCCCAAACCCAGCUCCGACAACGCGCCCAAGACCAUCCCGCUCAAAGACGCCGACGAUGGCCCGUCCACGAAAUCCAAGACCACGGCGCCAAAGAUCAAGCCCCGCAAAUCCCUCAUGUCAUUCGCAAACUUCACCGAGGAGCCCGUCGCAGAGAAGAAAAAGAAGCGCAAGCUUGGCCCUAACGCGGGUAAGACGCUGUUCGAUGAUGAAGAUGUGGAGGAUGCUGCGCCGCUGAAGCCUGUGGGGAGUAGUAAGGGCUUGUAUGCUGCCAGGGCGUUGGGUAAGAGUGUGCUGGGCAAGGCGGGGCAGAGACCGAUUUCUGGCGGGUUUAAUAUGCUGAGUGAUGAGGGCUUUGCGUUUUCGCCGCUUAAGAAGGAUAGGAGGAAUGCGAAUAGCAUACUCAAGUAGAUGGGGUGGGGGGGUUGGAUGUGUGCAUGUGGUGGGUGGGUGGUUUUGCUACUGG